AUGGGAAAGAAAGGAAGUGGUAGAGCUGGGAAUCGGCUAGGCAAGUUUGGGAGCCACCUGUUGAGACGAGCUUUGCGAGAGUUGCCACCACGUGAAGUGGCUCCUCCAAAUGAAGCUGAUGAUUCUGUGAAUGCACCUGCAGCUAGCCGCCGCAAUUGCAGUGUCAGUCUGCAAGAAUUGUCAUGGCCACUUCUGACAUGUGGCACUACCUUUCAAUGCCAGCUCAUGCUGACAGCUUGCGAGUAUUUUUGCGAUUCCGAUGCAAAUGCUGUGCCUGAUGAGGAAAGGCAGGUGUUGGACAGGUUCCUGUUGACACCAGCUCGGCCACAGACAAGCUUGACAUCUGAGGCAGACAAGUUGCAGGUGUUUCGGAAAAGUUUCUUGAGUGACCUCGUAUGUGCAGCUUCAGCAGUUUGGCAUCUUGGCUGUGCUGCAUGGAAUGCGCAUCUCCAAGGCAUAUGCAGACGAAUAGAGUCACAUGAGCUUGAAGGCAUUGCUGUUUUUCGCUGCAGGACAUAUGAUGAAACACCCCUUCGGCUCAGGGUACAGACAAAGUCCGGUACGCGAGCAGGGAUGGGAUCCAAGGCCGAGACAAGCAUUACAAAGUGCAUGCAGACGCGAUACAGGCUGGGUGUGCUGGUCAAAGACAUUGCUACCAACCGCUUUCUAUAUUGCUCUGGGAUUGUGCCAACAUGCUUGCAGGGCAUGGAACGGACCCGUGGUGAGGAUAUCUGUGUGUGCCAGCAGAAGGUGAUAAAUUCGGUCCCGGCUGCUGACACUCUUGGCUGGCUUUGCAAGGCAUCCGUUGAUAUCAAUAUCGCAGAUCGAGCCCUAGCCAACCAGAAGUCAGAGGCUUGUUUACAGUGGCAGCGGCCACAGGACACAGUCCUUCACAUGGAUUGUGAGGUACAUAAAAUGUCAACUUCCGUGACAUGGUGUCUGAAAAUUGUUGACCUCCAUAUUUCAGGCAUCAUUGCAAGUUCCAUUGUGUUGCGGCAGGCCGGUUCCCUGGCUACUUUCAAGGAGCAUUUGUUUGAGGAAAUUCGAAGUAGGUUGUUGAUCGUCCACGGGUGCCCUGAUGAAGGGCGCUCCAAGGCCUACCGGCAACAGGUGUACAACACCUUCUUGAGUGAUGACCUUGCGCGUGAAGACGACAAGAAGCAUCUACAGCAGAGGCGUGCCCAGCAAAAGGCAAUCUUGAGUCGUUUUCUGUGUGGUGACCUGGAGCAUCCUACAGUGGAGUUCUACACUCAGGGCGUCCUUGCAACAGAGGAUGAUGUUCUAGAUAUGCUGCGAAGCCAUGUCAUCCCAGCACUGGUGCCGGGCUCAAUGCCUGUGUAUGCAAGGCAUAGAUGGUUGGGUGGUGAAAGUGCUGUGGACUAUGUUGCUUUGCUAGAAUGCCAUCACAAAUUGUUCUCCACAACUGUGCAGCGCAUGUUCAAGACGCAGCAAACCAUGGCGCCGCCUGCAGAUGCAGCUGCUCUGUUAGCAGUUCCAGAAAUUCCAGCAGAGGGAUGGGCAGCAAUGGAAGCAGAAGUGUUGGGUGCAGCCAGGGAUGACGCAAAUCCAUUGGCAACACUUGAAGCUGAAAUCCCUGGAGAUAGUCCUGCAGGAAAAGAUCCACAAGACUGGGCAGCGUUCAACCGCAGCAUGCAGAAGAAGAUGGAAGCCUGGGCAGUUGGUUACGACCUGGGCAUUCUUGCACUUGUCAGGCGUGUGCUGACAAUCAGUUCCAGGGUUUUUUUUGCAAUGUUGCGAAGGUCGGGCAGUGAGUGGGAUGAUGAGCAAGCAAAGGCUUUGUCACAGGGCCAACCAAGAUCAUACCGUGUGACAGAAGCAUUGCUCAGCAAGGAUCUGGAUUGUAUGAUGGAUUCCACUUGUGCAGCGUUUCAUGAGCCUCCUGCAGCAGUCCCAUUGCAGAGCAUGACCAGACGACACAGAGUCAUGAUGUUUUCUUUGCUUGCAAGGUUGGGAGGGGCGGCGCAUUUUCUCAUACACAGCUUGCGUGAGGUGUGCCCUUAUCUUCCUGCACUGUUGUUAGAAGAUGCAUCCAUUGACGUUGCGGAGGCAAUUGCGUCCCAGCCAGACUGCAUGCAUGAUGCGUUCUGUAAGAAGUUCCUUGCUAUGUACGGCCCCACUCCUGAUCAUCCGGGUGCUGACCGAAUGGUUUCUACAGAAGCGUUGGCAUUCCUUCAUGGCGCCUAUGACCUUUGCGAGUUGGAUGUGGCAUCCAUUGAAAGCAGGCACGCGGUAGUUCGGCAUUUGCAGGACACAAAGAACAGCACAUGGCAAGUCAUCUUGCAGACACUUUCUGCAGACCACAUGCUGAGGCAGGCCACCUUACAAAAUGCAGCCUACCACAAGCUACUGGAUGGGCUCCCGCCAGUGGCUGCUGUGAAGAAGUUUCCGCUGCAGUCAUUGCAGAAGAGUUCCCGACGCAAGAAGAAAACACGUCCAGUGCAGGUCCAACGGAAUGGAGGGCCACAGCGUGCCUACUUCCAUGUCCGAAUGCGUGAACUGGGCAGGCAGCACAUUGGACAGAGAGGCUUGGGCAAUGUGUACAAGCGCUUGCACAGUGAGUAUCGAAACCUGAGUGCAGAGCAACGUGCCUAUUAUCAGCAGCUGGGUGCUGCUGCUGUGAUCAGCCGCAGAGCAGGGCAGCGAGCAUUCAUUGCUGGGCACAGAGGGGGCAGAGGGGGUCAAGAGAUCCUUCCAGUCAGGUCUCCUGCUGAGACGGGUCUGCGCUUGAAGGAUCAGGCAGUAGGAUUGUUACAAGAGACCAGGCAAAAAUCGAGGGAUGCAGCACGCGCAGCUGCCAUGAAGGCUUCCAAGGAACAGGAGGCUUUGGUAGCAAGGAGACAGCAGCGCUGCCUUGAUGAUCCAUGCCCAGUACCAGUCCAAGUUCCCUGCGCCAACCUUGUGCCUACUCUGGAUGCGCCUGAUGCUACUUGUCAUUCAUCGCAGUGGUGUAGUCCAGCAGUGGAUCUUGCGAAGGCAGCAAUGCUCCGUGGCAAAGAAGGCUGGAUGCGCAACCAACAGAGGAUGCCAAUGAAGACCAUGCUUGGAGAAGCAUGGGACAGUCUUCAUAUGAUGCAAGAAUGUUCUGAUGCAGAUGACAUUCCUGUGCAAGAGCUGAAGCCCAGCAAAUGCCUGAAGUACGGCAUGUGCCUGUGCAAAGGCGAUGGGCAAAACGCUUGGAUGUUUCAUCAAAAUCUUUCCUCACUUCUUCGCCCAUGGUGGAUUACACGGAUGAAGAAAGCAGAGAGGGAAGAAGCCAAAAAGAAAGGUCUUCCGGUGAAGAAGACCAAAGCCCGUGAGCUUGCUGAAGCCAGCAUGCUUGUCUUGAAGCUUUCAGCGCAGGCUUUGGAAGUUAUGGAGCUGGACGAGCAUGGUUGGCCUGAUCCCAGUCUUGAUCCUGCCACGUCAGCGCCGGCAAGCAUGUGGAUGCAUCUGAGUUAUAUUAACUUCAAGUCUCUGGAUUUCACGCUGAUGCGUCUUCUGUGUGAGCCGGAGAAGCAGACAAUGCAAAAUGCAAUUGUGUUGAGCAUGCCUCACCUCCUGGAAAUCAAGAGGUCUUGUGCUGUGUUUGAGAAAAUGAAGUUGAACCACACAUGGACAGCAGACUGGUAUGAAAUCAUUGUGGAUAAUGAGAUUCUGCCAGAAGCAUCGUUUUCGCCCAACAUUGUGGAAGUGCGGAAAGUGGAGGACGCAGUUUUGCCAAGUAUGGUAGUUUGGAAGGGCAUAGAUGAGGAGUAUGCCCAAGCGGAGGAAAAGAAGAAGAAGAAAGCAAGUGGCAAGCGAGGUCCACGUUCAGGCCAACCCCGUCGGCCAAGCAAGCGGGCUAGGAAAGCGCAUGAUUUCAAGCCAGCUGCUGCACCAGGGCCGCCAGCAGCAGCAGAGUUGGCAGAGGGUGAAGAACAGCCCAACAUGCAUGCUGCUGGGGUAGGGCUCUCUGAGUCAAGUGAUGAGGAUGUUGCAGCUGAUGAUGACAAUGCGAGUGACUCCGGGCAAGAGAGCGAUGAGGAAGCCAAAUACACUACCGGUGGGCCAGGAGACCUUGCUGACUUCAGCCAGUGGGAAACGCUGGCUGAGAUUUCUGACAGGGCAGAACCAGGGGAUGAGGCUGCAAGCUCAGCCCGAGAUCCCAGUGGCCCCAGCCCAAAGGCCAAAGCCGAGGCAAAAGUUGCCAAAGUGAAGCUUGUCAAGGAGCAGGCCAUUGACUUUGUGGAGAAUGGUGUGAUUUUGGGCAGCUUGGCGUGGAAUUCUCGCUCACAGACCUUGUUGGCACGCUGCAAUUUCGAAGGUCAUGGGGACUGCAAAAGAUCUCGCACUGUGCGAGCUGGAACAAGAGCUGGCCAAGGUCGGCCCAUAGGUUUCCUUUGUGCGUGGCUGCGUGACGGAGCCAACUACGCAGAUGGCCGAAGUCACAUCCACACAAGCAAAGGCACCAGUUUGCGGAGGAGACAGCAAGCCCGAACCUUGUUCAUGUCACAGCCGGGCGCUGCAGCCUUCAGUGAGCAUGAAAGGGCUAGACAUGCAGAUGAGCCAGAAGAACCAGAGCAGUUCGUCUGA